AUGGCGUUUGGAAAAAGAAAACCAUCCCGUCAAGAACCAAUUUUUGAAGAAAAUUAUGAAGGUGAUGUCGGCGAGCAUGAAGACAAUAAUAUUGUUGAAGAAACUCAAGCAAGUAAUACAGAGUCUACAGACCAAUCAUCGAGUAGAAACAGCCACGAACAAGCUCAAGAAUCUCAAGAAAUUCCAAUGAAUUCUAACAUAAAGCCAUUACUCAAUGAAGUUAUUAUCGCCAGUGGAGCGCAAGGAAAAAAUUCAGGUGGAACAAAGACAUGGACCUGCAAACAUUGUAAUAGUCAGUUUAAGAGUUCAUAUACUCGCAUUCACUACCACUUUUUUGGUAAUCUCCCUGGAAAAAAAUCAGAGAUUCGUCGAUGUCAAUCAUUGAUUAAUAAUCGGGAGGAAUAUGAGAGGGUUCGCAGAAUGGUUAUGGAAGCUGAAAAAAAAGGAGUUUCUUCAUCUUUGAAAAGCUCAACAAUCUUGAGGCAACAACCGCAAAAAUCCACCGCAGGUGCUCUUGAUGACAUGUUCAAGAUUAUGGACAAAAAUAGUGUUGAUAUGAAGGUGAUGAGAGGAUUGUGCGCUAAUGGAAUUCCGUUUAAUGUGUUAAGAAAUCCCCAAUUUCAUGAGAUGAUUUCAGCUAUAAAUCAUGCACCCCAGGGUUAUAAGGCUCCAUCUUCUGAAAAAGCAAGAACUACUUUGCUUGAUGAGUGUAAACGAAGUCUGGAAAAAGAAUUAGCUCCUGUUAAAGAUACAUGGUUUACUCACGGUGUUUCAAUUGUUUCAGAUGGAUGGUCUAACAUGAAGCAUGAGCCACUUAUCAACAUUAUUGCUGCAAAUAGUAGAGGAGCGUUGUUUCUUUAUGCUCAAGAUUUUUCUGGGAUACAAAAAACUGGUGAAGUGAUUGCUGACUUUAUGCUUACUGCAAUUGAAGAUGUGGGAUCGUCAAAUGUCCUCCAGAUAGUCACUGACAAUGCAAAAAACUGUGAAUCUGCUGGGAGAGAGAUUGAAAAGGUACAUAAACAUAUCUUUUGGUCUCCCUGUGUUGUUCAUACCUUGAAUCUUAUUUUUAAAGAUUUGGCAAAAGAGUUUGACUGGUUUCGGCAAAUUUAUAAUAUUGGAAAAGCUAUUGUUAAGUUCUUUUUGAACCAUUCACAUGCUUUGGCCAUGUUCAGAAGUCAUUCAAAAUUGGAGUUAUUGAAAGUUGCAAAAACUAGAUUUGCAUCGCAUUAUAUCUUGUUGAAGCGACUUAUUGAUUGCAAAGAAGCACUAGCAAGUACGGUAAUUCUUCAAAAAUGGAAAGAUUGGGUGAAGACUUUAGACCCCGAGAAAAGAAAACUUGGGGAGAAUAUAACACAAGCUGUGUUGGCAGACAACUUUUGGGAUGAUGUGUUGGCUAUAGUGAAUAUCACAAAGCCAAUAUAUUUUUUAAUUAAAUAUUGUGAUGGUGAUGGUCAAAAGAUGGGUGAAAUUUAUGAAAGGAUGGACAAUAUGCUUGGAGAAAUAAGAGAAGUUAUGAGUUCUGGGCCGCACUCUAAUUAUUUUCCACAAGUCGAAAAGAUUGUGCUCCAAAGGUGGCAAAAAAUGAAUUACCCUAUCCAUUGUGUUGGAUAUGCCCUGACGCCAAGAUUUUAUGAUAGAGCAUAUCUCAGUAAAAAAGCACCAGGAGGAUUCACUCGAAAGAGCCCUAAUCAAGAUAUAGAAGUGAUUACAAGCCUCAUGGAAGCAUUCGAUAAGAUAUCAGAAGAUCGAGAAGAAGCAGAGGUAUUACGUCAACAAUAUGCUAUUUUUCAUCAGCGAAAAGGUAUUUUUGCUACACAAGCUGCCCAGACAGAUGCUGUAACUAUGGAUGCCAUUGAUUGGUGGUCAACGUAUGGUUCACAAGUUCCAGAAUUAGCAGAAGUUGCACAAAAGGUACUAGCUCAACCAGUAUCAAGUUCAUCUGCUGAAAGGAAUUGGAGUACGUAUUCAUACAUUCACAAUGUCAAGAGAAAUAGGUUGAAUGCUGAAAGAGCUGAUAAAUUAGUUUUUAUUCAUUCAAAUAUUCGUCUGCUUUCACGUUUCUCCGAAGGUUAUAAUAAUGGAACUUAUAAGAGAUGGGACAUUAAUCCGGAAUCAACGGAAGUAGAUGAUUCACCAAUGAGAUUGGAGGACUUGCGAUGGAGAAUGUUAGACAGAGACUAUGUUGAUGAGGAAGAAUCAUCGCGUACCAAGAGUACUUCAAGCAGACCUGUUCCACCCAUUCUCAAUGCACAACCGAUUCGGCCAGGAACACAUCAAACUGAUAUAUCCAGAUUUGCAAAAGCAAGAGACUCAAGCGGCACUUAG